CGAAAUGCUUAACUGGCUUUGCAUUUUUCUUGUAAUUUUUAUUUCCCAUCAAAUUAACGCAACUGACUAUGAAAUUAUAGGCGAUGACAGCUGUUUCUUCACACGCUGUAGCAAGGAGGAUAAUAAAGGAAAUGUAGACAUCAUGACAAUCCUUGAUGUUAGCAAUCUAAAGCACGAAUAUAGCGAUGAUCUUGAAACUGUACGUACAAAUGGUAAAAUUAUGGUGAAAGGUAAUAUGCCAAAAAAUGUACCAAUAAGAGUUGAGUUGGAACUUUUACGUUGGCAGCAUGGACAAUGGGUCGAGACGUCCAUUUCAAUAAGACGUAAUGAUUUUUGUAAGUCUGUUUUUGAUCCAACCGAAAUUUGGUAUGACUAUAUGAAUAACCUAGCUAAAAAUGAUCGCGACUGUCCUCCCAAAAAAGGAAAAGCUUACCUAUUGAAAAAUGUUCUUAAUAGAGUUAUUGUAAAGAAUGUACCAAUGGCUGCCUUUCCAGGUCAAUACAAAGCGAUUAUGCAUUUGAUAAGCGGCAAUUUCUCCACUUGCAUUUCGUCACGAAUGCAUUUAAAUCGAAAAUAAUUCAAUUCUUUAAAAUCUUUAAUGUGUCCUUACUCGGCUUAUGAAAAGUGUACGUGUGCAUCUACCAAAAACAUGAAAUGAUUUAAAGAGAAA